CGCUUUCUCUCUGUUGAAUGUGGUGAAGUCAUAAUUUCAGUCAAGGCGGCGUUUGCUGUAUUUAAUUUGGCAGCACACUCUGCACUGGGUUGUACAGGAAGAGGAAGAGCAGGAACAGAGCACUACAAGACGCACGUUCACCUGAAAACGACUAAAAGAACAACAUGGCAAACAGAGGUCCUGCCUACGGUCUGAGCCGCGAGGUUCAAAGUAAAAUCGACAAGAAAUACGACCCGGAACUGGAGGAGAGGCUGGUUGCGUGGAUCAUGGCCCAGUGCGGCUCUGGGGUUGGUCAGCCCGAGCCUGACAAGACCGGAUUCCAAAAGUGGUUGAAGGAUGGAUGUGUGCUCUGUGAGCUCAUCAACAGCCUGUACGGAGCCAACAAACCCAUUAAAACGAUCAAAACCUCCAGCAUGGCUUUCAAACAGAUGGAGCAGAUUUCCUUGUUCCUCAAGUACACCGAGGCCUACGGAGUCGUCAAGACGGACAUGUUUCAGACCGUGGAUCUCUUUGAAAGCAAAGACCUCGCUGCUGUUCAGAGGACCCUGAUGGCCCUGGGUAGUUUGGCUGUCACAAAGAAUGAUGGGAAUUACAAAGGAGAUCCCAACUGGUUCCAUAGGAAAGCACAGGAAAACAGGAGAGAUUUCUCAGAGGAGCAGCUGAGCGAAGGCAAAAAUGUCAUCGGCCUGCAGAUGGGCACAAAUAAAGGAGCAUCCCAAGCUGGGAUGACAGGUUAUGGACGGCCGAGGCAGAUCAUCAACAACAACCCCUGAGAGCAGGGAUGGGAAAAACUCUGACUUUGAUCGUUCCAUGAGGAGAAGCUGGAUUUUUUUUCAAGACUAAACUGGACCAAAGUAGGGACCAAAGAAAGAAUGUGCACAUAUGCCACUGUCUGUUACCGAAAUUUUGCCAAUUAUUUGAUUUUAGCAAUUUUCUACUAUUGUUUUUGUGAAUUUUACUUCAUCAUUCUAGGUUAAAAAGUAAAAUGUGCUUACUAAAAAAAAAAUUAAAAAGUCUUCUCCAGAGCUGCAAAAAAGCUUGUCAAACGUGUGCAACACGUGAACGGUCUACUGGGACCCCCCCCCCCCACUUUUUUUUUACUCCAUGUCUUAAUGUACUUAGUUUUUUUUUUUUCAUCUUGAUUGAUUGUGGUUGAGAAGAAGUCAUAACUGCAGUGCAAUGCAUGGUCUUGUUUCAGUCUGGAAUUUUCCACUUUUUCUUUUUUUUUUUAAUUUGUUCGGAUGGAAACUGAGCGAACGAUUCUAUGAAAGUUUGUAAAUCUCGAGCAAAUAUUGAGCUAAAUCACUGGAAUGCAACAAAACAAAAGAUGAUAGAUGUGCUGCGGUUUUUGCAGUAAAAUUUACCACAAAAUUCUUUUUAUAGCGGAUUUUCUUUGUGUUUUUGGAUUAGAAACUAAACUGCCUUGUUAAAAAAUGGCUUGGAAAGAAAAAUAAAAGGCAAUAGCCUGUUACCAGCUCAAUAACACAAUCUGCAGCAAGCUGCUGCCAGUUGACUAAUUCCGAAUUUAAAACAAAUUGUUAGCCCAUCUGUUAGAGAUUAAUAGAUAUAAUAAAAAGGAUUUAAAAAUAAAGUUUGAUUUAUCUAA